GAGAUAAAUCACGGGCCGGCUUCUUUAUCACAGCACAUGCAAGAGAUAUUCCACACUGCACCGUGGGGACGAGAGUGUUAAAUUAGUGGGAUGCGAUCGGCCGGUGAUCUCAAGGCACAAUUCAAUUCCUGCGCACUGAAGCCACCGUACGUCAGAAGAAGAAAACAAAGAGAUAGAGGUCGUCGUUCAAUUCAUUACAUCGAUCGCCACUCUAUAAACUCCUCUUCUCGCCACCAUCAAGUCCAUUACUACCGGUGCCGGAGAGAUCAGUCGCGAUGGGGUCGUCUCGCUUCAAGGGCGUCGAGCAAUGCGGCUUGCGCGGGCGCUCCGCGCACUCCGUCGCGGCCGACCUCGACGGCACGCUCCUGCUCUCGCGGAGCGCCUUCCCGUACUUCAUGCUGGUGGCGGUGGAGGCCGGCAGCAUGCUCCGCGGCGUCCUCCUCCUUCUCUCCGUGCCGUUCGUCUACCUCACUUAUAUCUUCCUCUCCGAGUCGCUCGCCAUCAAGACGCUCGUCUUCAUCGCCGUCGCCCGCCUCAGGCUCCGCGACAUCGAGAUGGUGGCCCGCUCCGUGCUCCCCCGCUUCUACGCCGACGACGUGCACCCGGAGACUUGGCGCGUCUUCAACGCCUGCGGCGGCCGGCGCUGCGUCGUCACCGCCAACCCCACAGUCAUGGUGGAGCCCUUCGUGCGGGGGUUCCUCGGGGCCGACGCCGUACUGGGAACGGAGCUGGAGGUCACCAAGUCCGGCCGCGCCACCGGCUUCGUUAAGAACCCCGGCGUGCUCAUCGGAGACCUCAAGAGGAAGGCGGUGGAGAGAGAGUUCGGAGCGGCCCCGCCGGACGUGGGCAUGGGCGACCGCGAGACCGACCACGAUUUCAUGUCCAUUUGCAAGGAAGCCUACAUGGUGCCGCACAGCAAACUCAAACCGGUUCCGAAGAACCAGCUGUUGAACCGGGUGAUCCUCCACGACGGCCGGUUCGUCCAGAAGCCGGCGCCAAUGGUGGCCCUGCUCACCUUACUGUGGAUUCCGUUUGGCUUCUUCCUCUCCCUCCUCCGCGUCUACAUCAACCUUCCACUCCCCGAGCGCAUCGUCUUCCACAACUACCGCCUCAUGGGCAUCAAGCUGGUGGUGAAGGGCACGCCGCCGCCGCCGCCCAAGAAGGGCCACCCGGGCGUGCUUUUCGUCUGCAACCACCGCACGGUGCUGGAUCCGGUGGUCACCGCCGUCGCUCUUCGACGCAAGAUCAGCUGCGUCACCUACAGCAUCAGCAAGUUCUCGGAGUUGAUCUCGCCAAUCAAGGCCGUGGCGCUGACGCGGGAGCGCGACAAGGACGCCGCCCACAUCCGGCGGCUGCUGGAGGAGGGCGACCUGGUGAUCUGUCCCGAGGGCACCACCUGCCGCGAGCCCUUCCUGCUUCGCUUCUCCGCCCUCUUCGCGGAGCUCACCGACCGCAUCGUCCCCGUCGCCAUCAACACGAAGCAGAGCAUGUUCCACGGCACCAGCGCCAGGGGGUGGAAGCUCUUCGACCCUUACUUCUUCUUCAUGAACCCGCGGCCGGUGUACGAGAUUACGUUCUUGAACCAGCUGCCGAGGGAGGUCACCUGCGCCGGCGGCAAGUCACCCAUCGACGUCGCCAACUACGUUCAGCGGGUGCUCGCCGUCACCCUUGGCUUCGAGUGCACCAUCUACACCAGGAAGGACAAGUACGGUUUGCUCGCCGGCACCGACGGCAUCGUCACCUCCAAGAAGGAAAGGCACGGGGAGGGGAAGCAAAACCAGGACAAGGCAGCUUAAUCAUUUCACUAUAAUGCAGAGCAGAGCACAAAGGAAUCAAUCAAUUUUAUGUUGGAAUUUGGAUGAUCCAAGUUGCUUAAUUUUACUCUAUUCGUUGACUUGAUGCUCAGUUAUCAUAAUUCUUCAGUCUCUUUGUACGCCGUUGACUUCUUUGGAAGAAAUAAUUAAGAACUCAUUGUUAGGAUGA